GUAUAGUCGCAAUGAGCUUGUUCGCACCUGAUUAUCACUUCCAAUUUCUGACCAAACCCUAAAAACCCUAGUAUAAAUUGAUUCAUCUGACGCCGCUCUAUCUUCUCUGACCUAGAAAUACAUCUCUCGAGCUAGGGUUUCUCUGCAUCUGCUGAGAUGGGUAAGGGAACUGGGAGUUUUGGUAAGAGAAGGAACAAGACCCACACCCUCUGCGUGAGGUGUGGCCGACGCAGCUUCCACCUCCAGAAGAGCCGUUGUGCGGCCUGUGCUUUUCCUGCCGCCCGCAAGAGAAAAUACAACUGGAGUGUGAAGGCUAUCCGAAGAAAGACAACUGGAACUGGAAGAAUGAGGUAUCUCCGCCAUGUACCUCGCAGGUUCAAGAGUGGUUUCAGAGAAGGCACUCAAGCAGCACCUAGGAAGAAGGGAGCAGCAACCUCUGCUUAAGGCAAGAGAUGCUCAUUUUGGGCGGGAUUUGGGUAUCCACUUAUAGAUUUUGUCAACAAUUAUGCAUUGGAACAUAAGAAACAUUGUUUGAUGGUUGUUAUUCACUUCUGAUGCUAUUUAGUCAAUUUUAGUUUUCUUUUCUCUGUAUUUGUUUUGAUUUUGAAUGAGGUUUUUGAGACAAUUGACUAUUUUGAUUUCCUGA